AUGUCAGCAAAAGUAUUUUAUAUCACAGGUACUUCUUCUGGAUUCGGCAGAGAAUUAGCUCUGGAUCUCGCCAGUCGUGGGCACAAUGUCAUUGCCACUGCACUAUCAAUCGACUGGAUCGAGGAUCUCGCCAAGGUCGAUAAUGUCAAGACCCAGCAAGUUGAUGUGACAGAUUCGCCAACAAUUCUCCAGCAGAAGGUAGAGGAAGCUAUCAAAUUCUUUGGCAAGAUAGACGUUCUUUUCAACAAUGCAGGUCUCAUUCAAAACGGUUGUCUCGAAGAGCUCGAUGAUGCGGAGAUCAGAAACUUGUUCGAUGUUAACGUGUUCGGCAACAUUAAUCUGACGAGAGCCAUACUGCCAUAUUUCAGAUCCACCGAGACAGAAAGUAUGAUUUGCACCGUGACCUCGAUGGGUGGCACUGUGUCAAUUGGAGGGUGUUCCGCCUACUGUGCGAGCAAAUUUGCACUCGAGGGUUUCUUCGAGGGAUUGAGUGGUGAAUUGAAUUCAUCACAGCUGCCUAUCAAAGUCUUGUGCAUUUCUCCAGGCGGUUUUAGAACUAACUUAUAUAGCAACGCGAAGAGCCCUAAGAACACUAUUGAUGCAUACAAGCCGGCUACAGAAAUCAUGAAUGAUCUUUGCAAGCAAUUUAGUACAGCUGGCGGUAUGCCUAAAGUUGGUGCUAAGUUGAUGGCGGACGCAAUGCUGAAAGAGGGCUCUGCUGAGGGUAGAGAGAUACCUCUGCGCCUGCCAAUUGGCUCGGACUCUGUCAAAUUCACACUCGACAAGUUCAAGAGAGAGUCUGAAAUGUACGAGGCAUGGAGAUCAUUUGCGGCGGAGGCCGACACUAAAGAACUAGUUUUGGAUCUCGCAAGCCGCGGUCAAAAAGUGAUCGCUACUGCAUUGUCCACCGACUUGAUUGAGAAUUUCACCAAACUCGAUAAUGCCAAGACCCAGAAAGUUGAUGAGAUAGACUCGCCAGCCAAUCUCCAGCAGAAGGUAGAGGAAGCCAUUACAUUCUUCGACAUUGACGUCCCCAUGAACAACGCUGGAUUCUCUCAAACUACAUCUUGCAUCGCGUUCUUCACAUAUCGAAUUCACUGCUUCGUUAGUUGUCUCACCUUUAGCGACGUUUCCUUCCACGAUCAGGCAAUCGAUACGCAUUUCUUAAGACAUUGGCUUCAGUCCUUUAUAUAUGCCAAAGCGUGUUUCUGGCAGCUCCAAAGGCUGUCUAAAAAAGUUUUCUGUUCAGAGCGCCUGAAGACGACUGAGGCUGUAAGUGCGGCGAGUAGGGACAGCAACAGAUACUAG